GCUCACUCCAUGUUCAGGAUCGCACCCGAGUCAUUGCAAGGCCACUUGCAGCCUAACCACCUACCAACUCGUGUCCCGAAAGUCUCUUGGUGCCGCUCCUUCUGCGGAGCGUGUACAUUGUAACAUAGUACUUGGUCCACUUCGAUUACAGGGCGCGGCGUAAUUAGAAGCGCCUGGCGAGAUAACAGAGACACGGGGACCACCGUGUGAGGCCCAUCAAACUCACUCGUCAAAUUCGAAAGCUCGGGGUCUUUCUGAUGCCUCGUAUACACGCUUCUUUCUUUUCCCAUUGGUGCCGUGAUACCUCGAUGACCUGUGAGCGGCAAAGCUUUCCCCCGCAUGACGUGGUCCAAUAGGUGGUCCACCUAUACUAGGCUGGUUGUCGACAAUGCCUCUACACUCUGACAAAGCCUCCAUCCCGGAGAAAACUGGCAUACCGUUCGGCCUUAUUUCAUCACCUGAUGUCCCAACUGUUCGACAGUCAGUCCAAGUAAGCUUGGAUCCUGAGCAAGAGCGUAAGCUAUGGCGAAAGAUCGACCUUCACCUCAUGCCAAUAAUCAGCUUGAUGUAUUUGUUUUCGUUCAUGGAUCGCGGUAACGCAAAACUCGAGGGACUGAUGACCCAGCUUCACCUCACUGGAAGUCGGUACAAUGUCGCAUUGAGCGUAUUCUUCAUAUCUUACGGCUUGUUCGAGUUUCCUGCAAAUAUAAUGCUUCAGUUUGUCCGACCGUCAAGGCAAUGUGGAUGGUUUCUGUUCAUCACAUUGCUUAUCACCAACGAAAGGAUGUCCAUGGGCUUCGUAAAAUCAUAUCCGCAGUUAGUUGCGAUCCGCUUCCUCCUUGGAGUAGCAGAAGCUGGUUUCUUCCCGGGUGUCGCAUUUUUUCUGACUAUGUGGUAUCCGAAGUACAAGUUGAUGUACCGCAUAGCGCUCUUUACUGGCGCAGCAGGGGCGGCGGGGGCAUUUUCUGGUCUGUUUGCAUAUGGCAUCGCCUUCAUGAACAACGUCGGUCACCUCGAAGGAUGGUCCUGGAUUUUUAUAAUCGAGGGCUUGGUGACCAUAGUCAUAAGCUUCGUUGCUGUAUUGGUGUUGGCUGAUUACCCGGGUACAGCUAAAUUCCUCAGUGUUGAGGAAAGACAGUUCGUGGAACAACAGAGAUCUAUCGGCAUUGUGGACGACGAAGAGGGUACUGUCACUGAACGUGUCUUGUCUGCUUUCUUAGACUGGCAGGUCUGGCUGACGGGCUUGAUGCUAAUGUCGUUUAUGGCACCGGCAUACGGUAUCACGUUCUUCUUGCCCUUUGGGUAUAGCGUGCCCAUCAGUCAGUUGCUUACGGUCCCUAUUUUCGUGUUAGCGACAAUCUCCAUGAUCAGCGCAGCACACUUCUCAGACACUAUGAAACUACGUUCUCCAUUCAUAAUUGUUGCGGAAUUCGUCGGCAUGGUUGGGUACAUUAUCCAAAUCACGAAUGCCUCUACAGGUGUCAAGUAUUUCGGCACGUACCUUGCUGUUGUUGGAAUGUACACAGGAGUCCCUUGCGUUGUUGGAUGGCUUGCGAAUAACCUCCAUGGAAGGUACAAACGAGCAGUUGGAAUGGCACUGCAAGCCGGAAUGGGGAACUUUGGAGGAAUUAUUGCAAGCUAUAUCUUCCGAAUACAAGACGAGCCACGUUUUAUACUUGGUUUCGCCCUCGAAAUUGGCUUCAUGUGCAUGGGUUUGAUUGCGGCCGUUGCUGCGACCUAUGUAUACCAUCGUGCUAAUGUUUCUAAGAUUGUUCGUGCAAAGAGAGAAGGGAUGAACGAAACUGAAUAUGCCGCUGACCUGUAUACUAUUUAGGCUUCGUGUUUCAUCGUCUGGCCUUCAGAAUGUGUCCCGUAAUGUAGUACAUUGUAUGUAGUCUUUGUUCGGAAGUAGUGAC